CAUGAAAGAAUUUGAGCCCCUCCUCCAGCCUAGCCAUCUCCGCCUGUUGCUCAGCCAGGCUCCAUAUCAAAUACAGUUUGGAGCCCAAACCCAGGGAUUACGCAGAAAGGUAUCUCACCCCUUUGCAAUGGGCAGCGACAGUGGGCAGGCUGGCAGCCACACCUAUCAAUCCCUAACUGAGGAUGGCCUCUUGGGAUCUGCGACGCUACCAAGAAGACCCACAGGCAGACUCAUCAUGCACAGUAUGGUCAUGUUCGGCCGAGAGUUUUGCUAUGCAGUGGAGGCAGCUUAUGUGACCCCGGUCCUGCUCAGCGUGGGCCUGCCCAAGAGUCUGUACAGCACGGUGUGGCUCCUCAGCCCCAUCCUGGGAUUCCUCCUGCAACCUGUGGUGGGAUCAGCAAGUGACCACUGCCGGUCCCGUUGGGGCCGCCGGAGACCCUACAUCCUCACCUUGGUCAUGAUGAUGCUCGUGGGCAUGGCGCUGUACCUAAAUGGAGAUGCGGUAGUAUCAGCUUUGAUUGCUAAUCCAAGGAGGAAGCUGGUUUGGGCCAUAAGCGUCACCAUGAUAGGUGUGGUUCUCUUUGAUUUUGCUGCUGACUUCAUUGAUGGGCCCAUCAAAGCGUACUUAUUUGAUGUCUGCUCCCAUCAGGACAAGGAGAAGGGCCUCCACUACCAUGCCCUCUUUACAGGUUUUGGAGGUGCCCUGGGCUACCUUUUGGGUGCCAUAGACUGGGGUCAUCUGGAACUGGGAAGAGUCCUGGGCUCAGAAUUCCAGGUCAUGUUCUUCUUCUCUGCGUUGGUGCUCAUUUUGUGUUCCAUUAUUCAUCUGUGUAGCAUCCCUGAAGCCCCUCUUAAAGAUGUCACAACAGACAUUAUUCCCCCAGAACCAGCCCCUCAGGACCCUCCAUUGUCAUCAGAUGGAAUAUACGACUAUGGUUCUAUCGAGAAAGUUAAAAAAGAUUAUGUCAACCCAGAGCUGGCAAUACAGGGCAAAAAGAACAAAAAUCCUAAUGAGCAGACUCGGAGGGCGAUGACCAUGAAGUCACUCCUGAGGGCACUGGCCAGCAUGCCACCCCACUACCGCUUCCUCUGCAUCAGCCACCUCAUUGGAUGGACUGCCUUCCUGUCCAACAUGCUCUUCUUCACAGAUUUCAUGGGCCAGAUCGUGUAUGGCGGGGAUCCCUACAGCACGCACAACUCCACAGAGUUUCUCAUCUACCAAAGAGGGGUCGAGGUUGGCUGCUGGGGCUUGUGCAUUAACUCCGUGUUUUCUUCACUGUAUUCUUGUAAGUCUCCCCCUCCUGGGGGUUCUACACUGGUCCUCUGUACCUUGUUUGGGGUCAUGUCCAGCACCCUGUACACGGUACCGUUCAACCUCAUCGCUGAGUACCACCGAGAGGAGGAGAAGGAGAUGCAGGCCCCUGGAGCAGGCCCAGACAGCAAUGGGCGGGGGAAGGGCGUGGACUGUGCGGCCCUCACCUGUAUGGUGCAGCUGGCUCAGAUCCUGGUCGGAGGUGGCCUUGGAUUUCUGGUCAACACUGCUGGGAGUGUCAUCGUCGUGGUGAUUACGGCCUCUGCAUCUCCACAGCAGUAG